CAGCCAAUGGAAUCAGGAAAAUGGAAAAGAGUGUUUCCCCAUUUUCACGGCUUAACAUCCCACGUGUUGUUUAAGAAUGGAAGGACACAAGAAAAAGAAUAAAGAUGUGGAUGUUGCUGAAACUCAACACACGGGUGACUUUCUGAUAAAGCCGUCUUCAGACGUACACAAACUAGACACAUCACAAUGGCCACUUUUGUUAAAGAACUUUGACAAGCUGAAUGUGAAGACAGGAAAGUACACACCCAUACCAUGUGGAUGUUCACCACUCAAGCGGCCUAUUGGAGAAUAUAUCAAGUGUGGUUUCUUAAACCUGGACAAGCCAGCCAACCCCUCAUCACACGAGGUGGUCGCCUGGGUGAAGAGAAUCCUCCGUGUCGAUAAGACUGGGCACAGCGGUACGCUGGACCCCAAGGUCACGGGAUGUCUGAUUGUCUGUAUAGAGAAGGCCACGAGGCUCGUUAAGUCCCAACAGGGCGCGGGGAAGGAGUACGUGUGCAUAUUCAGGCUACAUAGCAUUGUGGAGGACCAGAAAAAAGUCGUGCAGAACCUGGAGAUGCUGCAGGGUGCUCUAUUCCAGCGACCUCCGCUGAUAUCUGCAGUGAAGAGGCAGCUGCGUAUACGUACAGUGUACGAGUGUAAACUGCUCGAGUAUGACAAGGACAAUGCCAUGGGUGUGUUCUGGGUGAGCUGUGAGGCAGGCACGUACAUACGUACCAUGUGUGUCCACCUCGGCCUCCUGCUGGGGGUUGGAGGUCAGAUGCAGGAGCUACGUCGUGUGCGCUCUGGUAUACAGAGCGAGAAGGAGGGCAUGGUAACGCUGCAUGACGUGAUGGACGCUCAGUGGGUGUAUGACAACCAGCGAGACGAGAGCUACCUCAGACGCGUGAUCAAGCCUCUUGAGGCUCUCCUCACUGGUCACAAGCGAAUCGUCAUCAAGGACUCGGCUGUGAAUGCAGUGUGUUAUGGUGCAAAGAUCAUGUUGCCCGGUGUGUUGCGUUAUGAGAAUGGCAUAGAAAUAAAUGAAGAAAUUGUCAUAGUUACCACCAAAGGAGAGGCAGUGGCAUUAGCCCUUGCUCAGAUGACCUCUGCUGUCAUGGCAACCACAGACCACAACAUCGUAGCCAAGAUCAAGCGAGUUAUCAUGGAGCGAGACACAUACCCAAGGAAAUGGGGGCUGGGACCAAGGGCAUCCAUCAAGAAGCAGAUGAUCAAGGACGGCAAGCUGGACAAGUAUGGCAAGCCCAACGAGCAGACACCUGGCCAAUGGAUGGACAUUUUACGGAAGGCUGGUGAUCUGGAGAAUGGAGAUGUGAAACCAAACAUCGCGGCUGCUUCCACACCAGCCAAGAGGAAACACGAAAGCAGUGGGUCUGAAGCUGAGACCUCCAUGAUGACCCCUACAACGCCGGGUCCUGAUGGUGAUGGAGAGAAGAAGAAAAAGAAGAAGAAAAAGAAGGUGAAGGAUGAGCCAGUCAGUCCUGCUCCUGAACAACAGGUACAGGCACCCACCUCAGAAGGGUCUCCAGACAAGAAAAAGAAAAAAAAGAAAAAGCACAAGAAGGAAGGGGGUGACUCGGAGUGAAUACUGAACUUGUUGUCAUGGUGAACAUUCUUGAACUAUCCUUAAAUGCAGGUCAAGGUUACCUGUAGAACAUUCUUUAACUCCUUGAUGUGGAUGUCAAGGUCUAUUGUAGUAAGUUACCACUGUGAUGUCAGGGUCUUUAUAGAAAAACUGUGCUGCUGGGCAUCACAUGGCAUCAAACGUGUGUUAAUUGCAUCUAAUCCAUAUAUUCACCAGCAUGCUUCUAUGCCAGCUGCUGUAUUAGGGUAUGCAGAUAUAAGUGAAUUUAAUGUUUACAUUUAAACAAUUAAGACGUUUUAAUGUGUUUUGUCAUGAGUAAAAAACUUGUUUGUUGUUUUGUCUCUUUAAAUGCAUUUCACGAUCUUAUGUAGCUUAUUUGGUAAACAUGUAUGAUCAUUAAAACAUAGAAUUGGUAACCAAAAAGUGAAGUGGAAAAAGCAGAAAUAUCAUUCAAUGGGCAUUCUCAUUAAAUUUGUAACAUAUAUGUUCCAUUAUAUGUGCUAUAAAUUAAUAGUUAAUUGCAUUGGACAUGUAUAUUUUAGAAAUCCUAAAUAUAAUUUUUCUGAUAUUUUGUAUAAAAAUACAAAAAUUAUUGUUUGAUAUAUAAUUAUAUAAAUACAUGUUUAAAGCAAAACAACAUAGACAAAAAAUGAGUUGUAGAUUGAAGUGUAAAACCCUUGCAACUGUCUUGCACAGUGCAGCAGGAAUUUUUUUUUGCACUUUUAUGAUACAUAUUUUUAUGAAAUUCACUAUGUGCUCAUGAACCUGUGAGUUUAUAAGCACAACUCUGUGUUCAUUCAUGUGUGUUUAUAGCGCAUCUAUCACUUGUUAUUGAAUACUUUUUGUUUAUAUGAACUUCUUGAAAAAUUGGUUUUUAACAUGUAUGAAUAAAAUGUGAGCCUUU